AUGUCGGAUAAUAAUGAUACAGAAAUAAUAAAUCCAAAUGAAACACGAAAACGUUCAUUUUGGACAAUUCAGUGGUAUUUAUUAUUUCUAUGUUUAAUUGUAUUAUGUCAAUCAAUGAUAACAUCUGGUUAUAUCGGUUCAAUAAUCUCAUCAAUUGAAAAUUAUUAUGGAUUUUCAACGGAAGAUAUUGGAAUAGCAUUUAGUAGUUAUGAUAUAAUUGGUGUUUUUUCAGUUCCAUUAAUAUCAUAUUUUGGUUCAAAAUAUAAUCGAGCAAAAAUUGUUGCUUUAGGUGCUCUUAUAUUUUCAUUUGGUAAUAUUCUUUUUAUUUUACCUUAUUUAAUAAAUGGUUAUCAUGAACAAAUAAAUCCAAAUUCAUCAAAUCAAUCAUCAGAUUAUUUCUGUUCACAAAAUAUUUCAAUAAAUAAAAAUGAACAUCUAUUUUUUCAUUUAUUAUCAAUAAGUUCAUUAAUUUCUAAUUAUUUAAAUUAUUUAAUUAAUAUUAUAAAUCAACCAUCAUGGACUUAUUAUAUAAUUAUAUUAUCAAUGAUAAUUAUGUCAAUUGGUGCAAGUCCUUUUUAUACAUUAGGAAUUACUUUUUUAACUGAUCAUCUUAAUAAAAAUGAUCAACCAAUUUACACAAGUAUAUUAUAUGGCAUGGUAGCAUUAGGACCUGCUAUUGGAUUUUCAAUGGGUUCUUUAUUUAUUUCUCAAUGGAUAAAUAUUGUUGAUGAAACUAAUCAUGAUGGAAUAACUAAAAAUGAUCCAAGAUGGAUUGGACAUAUAUUCAAUAAUAUUCUUAAUCUUUUUAAAAAUGUCACAUAUAUAUUAAUUGUUUUAAUAAAUUCAAUUGAAAGUAUUCUUGUUGUGUCAUUUACAACAUAUAUGGUAAAAUAUAUUGAAUCAGUAUUUAAUAUUUCCUCAUCAUUAUCAAGUAUAUUAACUGGUUCAAUAGUUGUACCAGCAGCCAUCUGUGGAACAAUAACAGGAGGAUUUCUUGUUCGACGUUUUAAUUUAAAUAUAUUUGGAUGUAUUAAAUUUAUAUUAAUUUGUUGUUUUAUAUCAUUAAUUAGUUUAAUCUCACUUAUAUUUAUAAAAUGUGACACAAAUAUUAAAUAUGAAGGUAAUAAUCAAUGUUCACAAUCAUGUAAUUGUUCUCAAUAUAUUUAUCAACCUGUUUGUUAUCAACAACAACAAAUUACUUAUCUUUCACCAUGUUAUGCAGGUUGUACAGAUGUUAAUGGAACAGAAUAUUUGAAUUGUAAAUGUUUAUUAUCAAUUGAUGAUAAAGUAACAUCUGGCUUAUGUGAAAAUGUUUGUUUAUUAAAAAGUUGUUUAUUUUUCUUAAUAUUAUUUCUUGUAACAUAUUUUGAAACAUUAAUGGCAACACCUCAAUUAAUGAUUGUAUUACGUUCAGUUAAACAUGAUAUGCAAUCAUUUGGUUUAGGUUUGGAAAAUUGUAUUAUGAAAAUUUUAGCACAAAUUCCAACUCCAAUUAUAUUUGGAAUAAUUAUUGAUAAUCAAUGUUUAUUUUGGUCUCAAUCAUCAACAUAUAAUAAACGUGGAUCAUGUUUUAUUUAUAAUCAAAAUCAACUUCCAUUAACAUUAUUUGGUACAGCUAUUAUUAUUAAAAUUAUUUCAUUUAUUCUUAUUCUCAUUUUAUAUUUUAUAACAUUUAAACGAAAAAAUAUCCAUUUGACUUCUGAUGAACAACAAGAUCUAUUAGAUAAUUCUCAUUCUUAA